ACAUUUUUUAUUUAUUUUUACAAAAGAAAACACUUCUCGUGUAUUGUAAUAAAAUCUUUCGAAUUUAACUAUACGUGUAAUUUAGAUGAUAUAUAAAUUAAAUAUAUCUUUACUGCAUGAAAGUGCUACUCUAAAAUAAAAGAAUAACACGUAUAUGUAUUGCAUAGAAAAAAUACAUGAUAUUUUAUAGGAAGGAAACCAGUAGCAGUAGAUUUUGUGUUCUUUGGAGGUUCGCUUCUAGUCACAAUAGCAUUAAAGCCAUUACGAUCAUCCGCCGUAUAAGAAACAGUACGAAUAGUUCCAUCUGCUUCAACGACCGAAUAUUCUCCCUUAACUGUAUCUCCAUCUCGUUCUUCCCAUGCUGAUUUGGAAUCGCCGGUAUAUCCGUCCACUACGCCGUAAUUAAAGGAAUAUUUGGGAUACGCCUGAUAAAAGAAAAAAAUAAUCAAAUCUCUUGAUAUAUAUAUAUAUAUUUCAGAAGUUUCGGUUCAGUGGCUACAACAGCCGAUGCAGAUUUGACGAUGGGUGGUGCAACGUACACCAGGGAAGACGUCCUCGGUAAGGGCUUGUACAACAAAGGCGCCGAUACUUUGACGUAAGUAGGCGAUGAUAAAUGGCUCGUCGAUCCGGAGGCACCGCUUAUUUGCAUCGGCGAUGAUGCAAAUUUCAACGCGCACGCGAUAGUCGGCCCGAAUGCAUCCGACGACGAUGAUGUUGCAUCGACUGGAGUGCACAGGGUUGGCGGCCCUGCGUCACUAUGGACUUGCUGACGUCAGACGCCGGUUUAGUGACCAGUCGUUCAGUGUCCGCGAUUUGGAAUUUGGGUCAGUUUCUCGACGAGAAUCUUCUAGGCUGUUGUUAUAAGUGAAGUGACUUUUGUUACGAUUUUUGCGCGUGAGAUGAAAAUAUUUUCUUGAUAUUCUCGCGAAUAUAUCCUGGAUUGAUUUUGACAUAUCGAUGACGGAGCAAUCUUCUCUAUUAGUGCAGAGUCUUUUCAUCGGCUCCUUCGGACGAUCUAGUGAACAAUGGGGUCAAUAUGGAUAAACGGUAUUCCACGAAAAAUAUUACCGGACAUCGUUCACACUUACACGCCGUUCGACGACUCCUAAUUUGUUUUUUUGGAGACUCUAAUUGGAGAGAAUAACAUUUUGAUCAGUAGAAAUUCUCAAUCAGAAUGGCGACUGAGAGCGAGCGUUGGAAGAGGAAAACCUGCACCGAUCGGCUACGUAAAUUAGUAGUGAGACGCUUGCCCAUCCUAGCAUGGCUACCGAAAUACGAUUCGGAAAAAUUCCUCAGCGAUUUCAUAGCCGGCAUCACGGUUGGUCUCACAGUUAUGCCCCAGGGACUUGCAUACGCGACCUUAGCUGGUUUGGAGCCUCAGUAUGGUCUCUACUCGGCGUUCAUGGGAGCGAUAAUUUACGUGAUAUUUGGCUCCUGCAAGGAUAUCACAAUUGGGCCCACCGCACUUAUGGCUUUGAUGACUCAUGAUUAUGUGCGAGGGAAGAAUGCAGACUUCGCUAUACUUCUCGCAUUCUUAUCUGGCUGCCUGCAAUUAUUAAUGGCAUGUUUACGUUUAGGUGUACUUGUAGACUUUAUCUCAAUACCAGUGACUGUAGGUUUUACGUCAGCAACAUCUGUUAUAAUCGUCGCUUCGCAAUUGAAAGGUUUGUUAGGUCUAAAAAUCUCAUCGCAGGGAUUUUUGGAUACCCUGACAAAAGUUUUUCAGAAUAUCGGCGAUACGAAUCCAUGGGAUGCUGGGAUGAGUUUUACUUGCAUCGUAAUUCUAUUGUUAUUUAGGAAAAUGAAGGAUGUCAAAUUAAACAACGUGAGCAAGAAAUCCAAGAAGAUCUUCACGAAGACGAUAUGGCUGAUCUCCACCGCGCGAAAUGCCAUUGUCGUCAUCAUUUGCUCCUUCAUCGCCUACAAAUACGACUCGUCCGAGUCUGGAUCGCCGUUUAUUCUGACGGGUCCGGUGAGAUCUGGUCUUCCACCGUUCGGUCUUCCAGCCUUCACCACACGAGUGAACAAUCAAACCUACACCUUCACGCAAAUGUGUUCCGAAUUGAAUACCGCCAUAGUAUUAGUACCGAUCAUAGCUGUGCUUGGCAACGUAGCCAUAGCUAAGGCUUUCAUGAACGAGGGUAAGGUCGAUGCUACCCAAGAGCUCCUGACCCUCGGAAUCUGCAACGUUCUCGGCUCUUGCGCGAGUUCUAUGCCGGUUACAGGUUCCUUCAGCAGAUCGGCGGUGAAUCACGCCAGCGGCGUGAAAACACCGAUGGGUGGUUUGUACACCGGGAUUCUGAUUCUGCUGGCUCUCAGCCUGCUCACGCCCUACUUUUACUUUAUUCCAAAAGCUUCGUUAUCAGCAGUGAUCAUUUGCGCGGUUAUAUAUAUGAUCGAAUACGAAGUUGUGAAACUAAUAUGGAAAUCGAGCAAAAAGGAUCUUAUACCGAUGUUCGUGACUUUCCUUUUUUGCCUCAUCAUCGGUGUGGAAUACGGUAUUUUGUCCGGUGUCGGCAUAAAUUUGAUGUUUUUAUUGUAUCCCUCCGCAAGACCUACAGUCCACAUCGACAAAUGUACAACUGAUUCUGGCGCGGAUUACUUGUUGGUCACUCCAGGAAAUAGUUUGUAUUUCCCAGCUGUCGAUUUUAUAAAGCAGUCUGUUGGUAAUGCUGCUAUAAAGCAAGGAUCUAGUCAAGUACCAGUUGUGGUCGAUUGCAGAUAUAUUUUGGGAGCAGAUUUUACGGCCGCCAAGGGGAUAAAAACGUUGAUUAAUGAAUUCAGUAGCCGUAAACAGGCUUUGUACUUCUACAAUCCAAGAUCAGACGUUGUUACCGUCUUGAAAGGUGCCUGCGGCGACGAGUUUCAGUAUGUUUCGACUCAAGAAGAGCUCUCUUACUUAUUAUCGACAUCUCAAGAUAAAUUUUCGCACCAGUUUCUGGAACAAACCCAUGACAAAUUGUAUGCGCCUUUAGCAUUGAAUAAUUCAGAAAUGGUUCAUAGAAAUGCGCGUGGUUCCUGCCAUGAGCUCAGCGAAGUUACGAGCACCUUGUUGCAUGCAACUGCGAGCUGAAAUCAAAUCUCAUUCGAUCUUAUUUAACGUUAAUGCAGGAUAAACAGUUUUAAUUAAGUUUUUAGAAUAUAACAUAAUCUCUUUAUUUGAUAUUAAGCAUACAAAACAAUAAAUUAAAAGCGAUAUAGAAAUAAAGUCAUUUCUUAACAUA